CGCACGACUGUGCCACGCUUCGAUUGCUCGAGGCUCAUUGGCUUCUCGGCAUUCGUUUUUUUAGCCUUGUCCGGGCAACAUGGCGGCUGUGUUGGAUGCUGGUUCUGCAUUGCAGUUUGAGGAGCUGCUUCAGAAAAGUGAGAAAUCACUUUUAGUUGUACAUUUUUGGGCACCAUGGGCUCCACAAUGCUCCCAAAUGAAUGAUGUUAUGGUUGAAUUGGCCAAGGACCAGCCUCAAGUUACGUUUGUAAAGCUUGAAGCAGAAGCCGUUCCAGAAGUGUCAGAAAAGUACAAAAUUACCUCGGUGCCAACCUUUUUGUUUUUUAAGAAUUCCCAGAAGAUUGACAGACUAGAUGGAGCACAUGCUCCCGAGCUGACCAAGCGUGUCCAGCGGUAUGCCUCAAGUACAUCUUUCCCACCAGCCCCAAACAAUACCCCCAAAGAAGACCUCAACGUUAGGCUGAAGAAGCUCAUUAAUGCAGCUCCUUGUAUGUUGUUCAUGAAAGGUUCUGCCCAGGAGCCCAGAUGCGGAUUUAGCAGGCAAAUCGUGGAUAUCCUUAACAGGCACAAGGUCCAGUUUAGCAGUUUUGAUAUAUUGUCCGAUGAUGAAGUACGCCAGGGGCUCAAAACAUUUUCCAACUGGCCCACCUAUCCUCAGUUGUAUGUCAGUGGUGAGCUGAUCGGAGGACUGGACAUUGUAAAAGAACUUGUGGAGUCUGGGGAGUUGGACAAAAUUUGUCCCAAGGCCCAAAACCUAGAAGACAGACUCAAGGCACUUAUAAAUAAAGCUCCCGUUAUUCUCUUUAUGAAAGGGAACAAGCAGAUGGCAAAAUGUGGAUUUAGCAGGCAGAUUCUAGAAAUACUGAACAACGCGGGUGUUGAAUAUGAAACUUUUGAUAUUCUGGAGGAUGAAGAAGUGCGACAAGGAUUAAAGACCUACUCCAACUGGCCUACCUAUCCUCAGCUUUACGUGAAAGGGGAACUGAUUGGAGGCUUGGAUAUUGUCAAGGAAUUAAAAGAGAAUGGUGAGCUGACUACUGUUCUAAAAGGUGAAUAGUACCGAUAUGGAGAAACUCAAAGGGACCUGACCCCCGCAAAACCCCAAGAAAUUAUACUACGUUAGUCCAACUCUCUGGCAUCAAACAUGGACUUUUAUUGUUAAUUGUAGGCUGUUCUACAUUAUCUUCCGGAUACCAUUGAAUUGGCAAGGAAAACUGUUCCCAGGUGUUCUUGUGGAAUCAAAAUAUGUUAAAAUCCUUAGAGUUUUAAUUUAAUAAAUAUUGUCACAAUCA